GAACCGACCCCUUUCUCAUAUUAUUGUCGAAAAAACAAACCCUUUCACAUAUGGUUCGUAAUCUAGCUCCCUACUAUAUAUAAGUAGAAAUCACAAGUCCAUUAAAAGCAUCAAACCAUACAAAAGAUUCAUAUAUGCUCUCUCAGAAUGGAAGCUGAUGUAUCUAUCUAUUGUAAUUAUUGUUAGUUUUGUGGAUAUAUUAUAAAAUAAUAUACUAGUUUGGGUUUCUCUGUCGUUUUAGAUAUAAAUUUUCAUAAAUUGUUUGGGUUUUGUUUUGUUUGGAUUGAUGGGCACAAUGAAUCUGGUAUUGGUUUUGAUGGUGCUUCUAUGUGGGAGAAUUUGUAUGGCGGAUGCCAAUGUGGUCUUGAUUGGGGACAAUGUCACCCUCUCGUUCGAGGACAUUGAAGCUAGUUUUGCUCCGGCAGUUAGGGGUUCUGGGGAGUGUGGAGUGUUGUAUUUGGCUGAGCCAAUUGAUGCAUGCUCCACAUUGACUAAUGAAGCCGGACCCGGCACGAAUUACAGCUCCCCUUUUGUGUUGAUUAUAAGAGGGGGGUGUAGUUUUGAGGAGAAAAUUAGAAGAGCUCAAAAGGCUAUGUUCAAAGCUGCAAUUGUGUAUGAUAACGAAGAAGACGGCAUCUUGGUUUCAAUGGCAGGGAGUUCAGCUGGUAUAAAAAUACAUGCAGUUUUUGUUUCAAAAGCUUCUGGUGAAAUACUCAAAAAGUACACUGGAGUCUCUAACGUGGAGGUGUGGUUAAUUGCAAGCUUUGAGAACUCAGCAUGGUCAAUCAUGGCAAUCUCCUUCAUUUCCUUGCUCGCCAUGUCUGCAGUAUUGGCUACUUGCUUUUUUGUUCGCAGACAUCGCAUAAGACGAGAAAGGCCUCAAGCUUCUCGGGUCCGAGAAUUUCAUGGGAUGAGCAGUAGAUUAGUAAGAGCAAUGCCAAGUUUGAUUUUUACUGCCGUUUUAGAGGACAACUGUACUUCAGUAACAUGUGCAAUAUGCCUCGAGGACUACAGUGUUGGAGAGAAACUUAGGAUUUUGCCAUGUCGUCAUAAAUUUCAUGCUUUCUGUGUGGACUCUUGGCUUACUUCAUGGAGAACCUUUUGUCCAGUUUGCAAGCGUGAUGCAAGAGCCAACACAAGUGGUCCACCAGCUUCAGAAUCGACACCAUUGCUUUCAGCCGGCCCAUCCUCUGUGGCUUCCUCUGUACUGUCAUCUAUGAGAUCAUCACUGGCAUCGUCUUCAGCCAUCCAGAUAGCACCAGCAUCAUCAAGGUCUCCUUCUGUUUCUCAUCAUCACUCUAAUUCUAGCACAACAUACAUCCAGCAGUCUCUUAGGUCCUCCUACCGCCAAUCCCCUUCUAUGAGUGUAAGCCGAAGCUCAGUAGACCUGCGGAAUUCCUCAUCCCAAAGGUCUCAUGCUUCCUAUUAUAUUUCGCCCCACUCUUCUUACUACCCAUCUUUGUCACCUUUGAACUCAAGAUAUCUGUCUGUACCUGUUCCGAGCCCAAGUAAUGCUUCACCAAACUUCAUGAGUUCUUCCAGUCAUCAACAGCAUCCGCUACAUUGUAGUGAGUCAGCUGCAACUUUUUCUCCCUUUGCUUCUGCUCAUUCUCUUCCUGAAUGCUGAUUGACCAUAUCGUUGAGUUCCUUGGGUACAUGCUGCCAAGUUAUAAGAGGGAGGUAUACAAAGAUGUUUUUACCAAUUUGACUUCAGAUCACUAGCUGCAAUAUCAUGAUUGGGCUCACCUCAUGUGGAUGCUUGCUGUCUGAUCGAUUUUGCAUCUGAAAUGUCUUCAUGCCACCUCACGUGUAAAUUAUAGCAUAAGGUUGUCUAUAGUCUGAUUUACAGGAAUGUAUAUGGGGUUCAGCAUCUGACGUUUAACGCAUCGUGAGAAAUAUAAAGGACUGCAUUCUGUGCUGUAUUGUGAUGAGUAUUAGCGUUUGAUUUUUGCAUUUGUGAGAUAUUAUAAACCACGGAUUGUGAGCUGUGUACAAAUAAAGCUUAUAGCAAUGCUAAGGUCUUGCUUGAUUUUUGUUGAUGAACCUUGACUUUGUUGAUGAAAAAGUUUUAUCUUGGUUAUC